UUAACAGGCUGGGCUGCUGCUGUGUCGCAGCAGUGUGUUUGCAGGCUAUGUGUUUAGGAUUACGAUAUCGUACAGGCUAUUAUCACCAGCCCUAAUCGUGUGAGGAGCAUGGAAAUGAGGCGUAGCGUCGCGCUUUAACUGUGCCAGAGGAAAGAAAGACGAACAGGAUUCAAACAGGUGUCCUGCUGUCUCCCAUCAGCCCGAGUCCGGAUGAGGAAGAGACAGAAAAUCCGACAAAGAGCAAAGCAAGAACGGAAGGGGGAGAUGUGAAUAUGAAUGCGAAUAUCUCCCAAUAAUUAACCAAGCGCUGACAAUGGGCAGAUCAUUCCGCUAAUUUCAGGACGUGUCGUUUCUUUUUGUAAACCGUGCGCUCCUUCGGCUCAACAGUGAUGGAGACCCGGCAGCCAAACCAGGAGAAACCCGUCUUUUAAUAUCUUGGUUUAAGAAAAAUAAGAAAGAAAUAAAAUAAAUAAGGCUAAGAUAUAGAUAUCCGCAUCAGCUUUCGUGUUUCUCUCUCGGAGGAGGAAGAGGAGGUGAUAGAAGAGGGGAGGCGGUGACCGACAUCCCCCACGGGACAGGCCGACCGACCCACGCUUCUAACAGGUGUGUCUGAGGAGGGCAAAUCGCUCCAAAUUUGCACCGUCCGUCCCGCCCGUGUGCCUCACGGUCCCUUCUUCUGCGGCACUGUUCCUGGCGAAAUUACAUCCCAACGAGGGAGGGGGCCGGUGGUUUGGAGUUACAUUUGUUCGCUUCGGCAUCCCAAGUGAGCGCUGAUCCCCCCCCCCCCACACUCUUUCGGUCUCCUCGCAGCUAUCCAUUGGUGCGUAAUAGACGCGAGGAGGAAGGAGGUUGGACCCAAACGGCUAAUUUUGAGACGUUAAUUAAAAAAGAAACGAGGUUCGUGUUCUUUCUUUGGUGAGUGGAGACAUUUUAAAGGGUUGAACUGAUCGUUUCAGAGGUUAAGGGGAAAUUUGAAGAUUUUUUUUUUCUCCCCCAACACACACACACACCAGAUUUGUUGGUUUGAACGGAUUUCGCCCCCUUGUGAAAAAGGCAGAGAGCCGCCGUUGCUCCUGUGGUUUCGGCUACGGUUGCUAGUCCAACCGAACCCGAGCCUGACGAUUCUUAACGGACAACAAAGUGGGUCUUUUGAAGGGACUCUCUCUCUCUCUCUCUUCUUAAAACAAAGUGUACCUCAUUUUUCAUCAUGACAACGAGAAAAGUCAACACUGUGGAGGACACGGUGACAACCUCCACCACCACCACCACCAACCACCAGAACCAGCCGAGGAGCCGGAGUCCCAGCAGCGGGGCGGGCGGAGGGGCGGAGAUGUUCGGAGAAUUUCAGGACUGGUGUCUGCGGACGUACGGGGACUCCGGCAAGACCAAGACCGUGACCCGGCGUAAAUACAACAAAAUCCUCCAGACCCUGCUCCAGGGGGACGAGGAGAACAGCAACGGGGUGUUCCUGCAUGAGAAAGGCAACAACCACAUCAACGCCAAAUUUAAAUUCUGGGUCAAGUCCAAGGGCUUCCAGGUCGGGACGCUGCAGGACGCCAAGAACGGGUCAUCGGACAGACCAGUGCUGUAUGUCCCCAUCAAGUCGACGUGCGUGGACAGCAUGUCAGGGGUCGACUCGUCCCUGAAGCGCGUGGCGGUGGUGGAGGAUUUCUUCGACAUCAUCUAUGCCAUGCACGUGGAGAUCAGCGCCGAUCCCGGCAAAGCCCCGAAACACGCCGGCCAGAAGAAGACCUACAAAGCUAUAGCGGAGACGUACGCCUUCCUGCCCAGAGAGGCGGUGACUCGUUUCCUGAUGAGCUGUGGAGAGUGUCAGAAGAGGAUGCACAUCAGCACCACAGGACAGGACUGCAAAGAGAACGACAGAUUGAGCUCCCUGGUGUUGGAAGUGAUAGACUACAACAUGCCUCUCACCACCACCUACAUGAAACAGAUGAAGCUGCAGUGCAUGAGCAACAACAAGGAUGACAGUUCACUGAGCAGCGAGGAGGAGGCAGAGAUGAGCGAGCCCACGUGGCUAGCAGCUGAUCUGGGAGCAGCGUCUGACCUGAGCCCGCCGAGCCGAGGAGAGAGGAUGCGACACAGUCCCCAGAACACACACAGAAAGGAGGACGACGAGGAUUCGUCGUCAGAGAGUGGCAGUGGAAAUGGCCUUCCUGCUUUGACCCCUCCUUCCUCCGCUGUAACGGAUGGCGCUAUAGUCAGGGAAACCGAUGUCAUCAAUGGCAACGGUGGCCCCGCCCCACUGGAUUUCAGCACGCCUACUUCCUCCUCCUCAUCGUCCGAGGACCAGCAGCCGAUGAACCUGAGUGACCCGCCUCCUCAGCGCCUGCCCCUGUCCACCUCACACCUGCCUGUCACUGUGUCGGCAGCGGCGGCUGCGCUGCUCGGCGCUCUGCAUCCCAACGCGCCCGAAGAGCUCCGCAGGAAGUACCCGCUGGCUGCCAAACCUUCCCUGGCCCCGCACCCAGCCCUGCCUCUGCCGCACGCACACACCCUUCACGCACAUAAUGCACACACUCCCAACACACACUCCCAGUCCCACAUACACACCGCAGAGCUGAGACUGGACAGAGAUGGCAGAGACUACGGGGGCAAGUCCCCUCAGUACAGUUCGGGUGGCAGCUACGACAGCGUGAAGAUGGACUUGAGUGCAGAGGACCUGACCAUGGGGCGUCAUGGCAGCCAGGUCGCGCCAGACGAUGACGAUGAUGACCAUGACGACCACGACGACAACGACAAGAUCAACGACACGGAGGGAGUCGAUCCCGAGAGACUAAAGGCCUUCAAUAUGUUUGUGCGUCUGUUUGUGGAUGAGAACUUGGAUCGGAUGGUGCCUAUCUCCAAACAGCCCAAGGAGAAGAUCCAGGCCAUCAUCGAGUCCUGCAGCAGACAGUUCCCAGAAUUCCAGGAACGCGCCCGCAAGCGCAUCCGCACCUACCUCAAAUCCUGCCGACGCAUGAAGAAGAACGGCAUGGAGACCCGUCCUACUCCACCUCACCUCACUUCAGCUAUGGCUGAGAACAUCCUGGCGGCCGCCUGCGAGAGCGAAUCACGCAACGCCGCUAAGAGGAUGCGCCUUGAAACCUAUCACGAUGAGCAGAUCUCUGUGGACAAGCCGUCCGGCGGUGGAGGGGGCCUGAGGGAGCCGGCGUCCCUCGCUCACUCCGCCUACUCCCUGGCCGCAUCAGCCUUCUCUUCGCAGGACACCCAGCUCUACAUCAACGGAGCCGGCCUCAGCUACGGUUAUCGUGGAUAUCCGGGCCUGGGCGCUGCCAUGCAACACCCUGUUUCGCUGACAACCGGCGCUGCUGCUCAGAGCAACGGCCCCACAGACCUCAGCAUGAAAUCUCUCUCCUCUGCCAACAUCAGUAACUCCUCCUCUUCUGCCUCCACCAACAACAGCCUGGGUGGGCGGGGCAGCGGGGGUGCAGGAGGGGGCGGGGCUUCGACCCAGCUCAGCCAACCGGAGAUCACGGCCGUGCGUCAGCUGAUAGCCGGCUACCGGGAGUCGGCCGCCUUCCUGCUUCGCUCGGCAGACGAGUUGGAGAACCUCAUCCUGCAGCAGAACUGAUUUUGGGGAAGAACACGCGCACACACAUUUCCCAUUAUGUUUGUUUUUGUUUGUCCGUCUGCGUCACCUGUUUCUCCUUAUCGAUCGUUAAACACCAGACCUUUUGUUUUUGGUCUUCCCUCCUUAAAUCGGGGGUUUGUUGGUUUCUCCUCAUCUGCCUUCUCUUCGGAAACUUUGGCCACUUUUUGUUUUUGGAGAAAAAGUGGGAAACUAGGACAGCAGGCGAGGGAUACUAAUCCCACCCCACCAUCCCCCCAAAACGACCCCCCACAACCUCAAUCCAUCGAUUCUGCCUAAGGAGGGGAAAAAAGUGGCAAAAAGGAGCUAAUUAUUUGGACUCUGGAGGAAUCUCUUCCUCUCCUCUCUGGAAGCACUUCACAAUCAGCACUGCACUCUGAGCGAAGGAGUGUGGAGGACAGGAAGAGAGGAGAGGGAGAAAAGGGGAGCAGAGUAGCCUGUAAGAAGAGUGAAGAAGACUGCAAGAGUUGUUGAUUCUGCUGCUGUGGUUUCAGAAAAAAAAGACUUGUGAAGGUGAAGUUUAUGAACAUGGGGAGUUUGGAUUGGCCAACGCCGUGUUAUGAUCAUAACAGUUUAAAAAAAUAAAUAAAUGAUGACUCCCUGAAUAAGUACUACUGAAACUGUUAAAUGACAAGUGCUUUUGAUUUGAUUUAAGAUUUAAUUAGCUCCUUUUUUGGGAGUCCAGUGCGUAUUUUUUUGUCUUUUUUUUUUUUUAUUAUUUUCUUUUAAAAUUCCUCCCAAGUGACUGAUAAAGCGGUUUGAAUUAUCUUAAAAGAUAGCACUAAAUACGGGAAAGACUUUGAGUCCGGAGGGGCUAAAGGCUGGAAACUGGAAAAGAAAAAGAGAAAACUUUGGUUUAAAAAAAAAAAGAGAAACUUUUUUUGUGCUCGCUUGUAUAUAAGCUCUCUGUGUCCUAUAGCACUUUUCCCUAACCUGAAACCUCACCCUGACACCCCCCACCCCCCAUCCUCCUCACCCCUUUUACCCAGGGAGCAACUUGCUACUUAUGCAUCCAAGACGCCAUGUUGACCACCAGGAAAUACCUCAGAUCAGACCUGCCAAUUCUAUUUUCAGUUCACAGACACACACAUAUACAAACACACACUCUGCAAGUGAAUGGUAUCAUUCCAACCAGAAGCCAGUUUACUUCUGUUUUACCACCUGAUGUCUUCAAAGGUUUAUUUUGGAGAGAGGAAAAUCAAAACUAAAUUGCGCAAAAGACCUGUAAUGUCGAAACGAUGAAGCAUUUCAAGAACUGAUGAUGUAAACUUUUCUUUCAUGUGUGCAGGUUCAUGUGUGUGCUGCUGUAUAUAAUCAGUUCAUCUUGAAAACUUGAAAAGAAUCAGUUUUGAAGUUUGAAGUUGACCUGAGUGUCGGACUUUCUCCUGAAAGGGGAGGGAGGGUGAGUGUCUGUGUGUGUGUGUGUGUGUGUGUGUGUGUGUGUGUGUGUGUGUGCGCGGAGGGGAGUGGUUUUCUUAAAAGGAAAACGGGGUUAAAUAUUGAUCACUGGUGGAAUUUUACCUCCCGCUUCGACUUUUUACAAACGCCAACGAAACCUCAACAUCGUUUUGUUUAACAACCCUCCCCUCCUUCCCUCCCUCCGUCCCUCUCUUCUUCUUCUACUUCUUCGUCUCCCCAUUGGACCUACUCUCCACCUCUUCUUCGUGGACCUAAAUAUCCUCCUCUUCCUCCUUCCCUCCCUGGUCCGGUCCAGGUUUCAGAGGAAGAGGAGGACUGCUCUGUCUUACUGUGUUUGUCUGUUAAACUCUGAUAUGGCCAUUAUUAUUGUUGUUAUUAUUAUUACUAUGAUUAUAAUGAUGAACAUUCAUGUUGCUGCUGCUAUAUAAAAACCGGACCUUCUGCCAUAGACCUGAAACCUCAACAAAGCCGGGGCGUUCGCUAGCCGCUGUGCCCCGUGAAAACCUGACCGACCAACCAACCUCCGGCAACCUCGACUGCAACUCGACCACAACAAAGCAAAAACAAUCCAGAGACCCACAGGAGAACUUAGUGCAAACCCUCCUACCUUCAUCCACUCAUGUGUCUCUUCUCUCUCUGUCUGGUUGGUUGGUGUCUUUGUUUUUUGCUUGAUAGGGCUUGAUUCAUGUUGUGUUUUGUGACUUUCUAACUGUGAAUGCUUUUAAUCUCGUUUCUUUUCAUUUCUUCCCAUUUUUUCAUCCUCUGGAGGGCGCAGGGAGGGACGUGUUAGUUAAGUCUUGCAGCUUCACCACAGUAAGUCUAUAUCAGGCCAAGAAGUACACACCUUAGAGAAUAGAGAGGAUGGAAAGAAAAGAGAUGGCUCUAAAGGAAAACCUAUUUUAAAAAAAAAGUAUAUCCUUCAUCUUAUAUUCUUAUAUUAUACCAUAUGACGGUAGUUUUUGUUCUCAUGCACAGCAAAUAUAUACUUUACUGGAUACCUCUGGUGUACCUGUUGUCUUAUCCAGAGCCAAGCCACAGCCUCUUUGUUAAAGACAUUUUGGGAAAUACACUUACUGGCUUUCUGUACGUUCCAUAUAAAGCUAGAAGCUGGUUAGACUAGCUUAGCAUUAAGACUGGAAACAGAAGGAAAGCCUGGCCCUCCCCCCCAAAAAUUUUAAAUCUGUUUAUCACUGAAGACUCCAGGAAGUUACGGCUCCCUGUCAAGAAAUAGUCACACAUAGCACAUAACCCCGGUAAAACCAUGACUUGAUUUUUUUUUUCUACCUGUGGACAGAGCUAGGCUAGCUGUUUCCCUCUAGUUCCAGACUUUAUGCUAAGAUAAGUUACCUGGCUCCAGCAUUAUCUUUACUGUACAGACAUGAAAGUGAGAUUCCUUCUCAACAAACUCUGUGCAAGAAAACAAAGAAGUGUAUUUCUCAAAGUGUCGAACUAUUUCUUUAUGUUGUUGCGACACUGGUACUUUUUUUUUUAUCACCACUACUUAGUUUUGUCUCAUUGUACAGUUGCUUAAAAAAGUCUUGGAGUUGUUUAUUGCUGGGAUUAGUUUGUUAAAUCAGCAUUUUUUGAAGCACAUUAUUCCUGGAUUAUUUCACUGUAGUACAGAAGAGGUUAGAAAAUGAACAAAAAGACAAACGUGACUUAUUAUCUCCUCUCAAGGCAUUGCUCUGUGUACUGUGCUUCUACUGUCGUUUCUGUUCAGUUCAACUGUUUUGGCACCGUGAUUUGCUCCCUUUUUGCACACUGAGCGAAGCAACAGUCAUCUGUGAUUUGGAGGCUCUCUAUGUGUGUGCAUGUUUCCCAUGAGAGGACCCCCCCCCCCCUUCCCCCAACUUGCACUGCUGAAGUUACACGAGAGCGGAGGAAGCGAUGUGGUGGGGUGUUUUUUGCAAUGCAGUUGAUAAUCAUGGCAUCCACUGGUCUUUAGACGGUCUAUGUUGGUGACUGGCUGCAAACAUGACGGCCAGAUGGUGAAAUUUGUAUCAUACUCACUGGAUGACAAGUGCUAUCGGGCUAAAAAGCAGAGGGACACGUGAAAGCCAUUCCUUCAAGAGGUGUGGACGCCAUUCCCACCUCGUAUCUAUUAAUACAAAAAACUCCAUCCAAACUUUCACCGAUUUACAUUUGUGUGCAAUGUCAGAACCACCGCUCAUUCAUGUUCCAAUUAGUUUGAAAUGUUGAAAAUGUAAAUUAUUUAAUUUAUGGUAGAUUAGAUGUAGAAUAGUAAACUUUUUUGUUGUUGUUGUUUUUGUUCUUUUUCACGAAACGGGAAGCUCUGUUUAAUGUGUGCUGAUCGCUGAAUGACACGAGAGAAUUAUGCAAAAAAAGUUACCCAAGUAGAAGAAAAGGAGGAGAGAAGGAAGGGAGGAUGACAUUAUAAGAGUGAGACAUGUUGGGGGACAACCCUGUGUGCUCGUGGUGUUUUCACUACGAUUAAAUUUAGUACAAUCAAUUUUUCCUCAAAUUUCUCUCUAUUUUAGUGUCUUUAUUAAUAUUUCUAUUAAAUACUGGAGGGCAGAUUAAACUUCACUUUCUUAGAGUGUAUUAAUUGCCUUUAUACCAACAUGAGACUCUGUUGAUGACACCAGCAUCCCGUCCUUCUGCCCUCCUGUUUGAUCCUCACUGUGCUCUCAGAUGCUGCCAGUGUUUUGGUUGAGUCCGCCUGGUUUUGAUUGUCGGGGACAUUCGGCACCUUUCUUGCCCCAGACUUACUCGAUCCAAGAAAGAACUAUUUAAGUUGUUUUUUUAAUUUUGCUGAUCCACACUCUGCCCUGUCUGAGAGACCUGAGUCACACCCAGCGAAACACCCAGUUAAUGCAGAUUUUUGAGAUUUUUGAGAUUGAGAUUUUUGAGAUGGAGGUUUCCUGCUGAACACAGCUGCACAAAAAUGCAUAAUUUCCUCCUCAUUUUGAAACAGUAAUGUAUCCCAGAGUGAGCCUCUGAAAACUCUGCCAGCAGUGCGGGUGCUGUGUCUGUUAGAGCAGGUGAUGAUGUGAUCCUGGUUCCUCAGAUUGAAGCAGGACAGAGUGGAUUCCAGUUUCAAUCCCAAGAUCCUGACUCAGACGGAUUCAUUCUCAACUAAGCAGACAGGGUGGACGUUUAUUUCACCUCUGACUGUCAAACCUUGCCGCCGCCGCUGCUGCCAUUCUGAAAACCUUGACCCUCCAAAACAACCAUACAGUUUAUAAUAAGUUACAGUAUAUAAUGAGUUCCUGCCUUCAGGAAGGAAUCAAAAUGAAGGAUCACAACAAAAAGAAAAGAUUAGUGCCACAGCUAGAGAUUUAUAAUAAUGCAACAGCAACAUUUAACACAGCUUAGCCCUUGAAGUCGAGAGACUUUAUUGUGGACUGUGUUUCUUGGAGCCUAAAAUUAGACUAAAAGCUGGGGAAUUUCCUCAGACUUGCUCCACUAAUGAGAUCUGAUCAGUGGAAAAGAGUAGUUUUAUUCACUUGCUUCCCCUGGCUUGAAUAUUAGGAACAGUGAAGAGGCCUCUUACUGCAGUCCAUCCCCCUCUUCCUCCUCCUCCUCAUGAGUUUUCUGUCAGCUAAAAACUCCUCCAAGACAAACUGCUUCUUUGAAACAACAUCUGGGAUUUCUUUCUUGGAAUAAGUCAUCUUACCAAACACGACCACUGAGAUCGUCCCAAAACUACGGAAAUAAUUCUUAGUCAGGCUGUAGCAAACUCCGCUUCUCUGACUUUAAAAUAUUUGAAGUGAUAAUCAAGUAGUCUUCUCAGAAGAGCCAGGUGGCUGGCAUUUAGGACUUUUAUCUCAUUGGUUCCUAAGUGUUAAAGUUCUCUGUCAACCUCAGAAUAGACAGUCUCAAGGUUUUCUGCAAGUGUUUCCGAGCCCAGGUGAGUUUACAUCGAAGUCAGACAGCUGCAGAACAGCACCACAAAAAAAAAAAAAACACCAACAGCUGUAUAAAAAAGGCAAAUGACAAUCUUUAGAAAGGUGUAAUUUGCUCACUGUUUGAUUUCCAUUCCUUCUGUCUGUUGUAUACAGUGGGACCGACUGGGAGAGUGUAAUCAGAGCGCUCAUACUCCAAAACUCCUCCUGUUGUUAACGUCUCCACUGGCUGAGCAAGCGGCCGACACGUUUGUCUCAUUUCUAUUUUUUAGUAUUACAUUAUUAUUAUUGUUAUUAUUAUCAAUGUUCUGAUUCUUUCUUAAUAUUAUUUUAUAGAUAUAUUUUGUAGUGCAAGUAAAGUGGGUCUUUUUGGGGAAAAGAUAUUUUGUACAAUAUUCCAACAGCUUCACUCUGAAACCUAUACUGUACAUUCCAAACAUACCUAUAUAGGGAUCCUGACCGGCGUCACCAGAAUCUUUUAGCAUUUCAUUAACAGCUUCAAAAUCAAACAGGCUUGUGAUAAGAUAAGAGGAAUUCAAGCUACGUGUUGACCUUUACAGUCCAGUAACUGCACGCCUCUGUGAGUGUAAUCCCUUAUGGUUUAUACACGAGACGUGUGUCCUCUUCUCUUUUUAAAGGUUAUGUUUACACACCAUAGACACAGACAUGGUGGCAACAUUAUCGUCCAGCUUUUAUCUAAUGUAAAAAAAAAAAUAAAUAGAAAAAGGAUUCAGUCUUUUGAGGCUUGAGGAAGAGCUCUGAGAAAAGAUCACAGCAUCUUGCUGACCUCUCAGACUUUACAGAGGAACAGACACGGUUGCUAGACCAGAGCAAAUAAAACAUUUCUUAUUAUAAUUUAGUGCUAUAAGUAAAAAGAAAAAAAAAGGUCUGACUACCUUGAAAUCAAGUUGUUUUUACUCAAAAUUACCUCCAAAGUCAAACACUUUCUGUGGAUCUUUGACCACAAAGACGUCAAGUUUGUUGAAAGAGAAUAUUUUCUGUCACAAACUACUAUGUGGAGGGCAGUGACUGCAACCCCCAAGAAAUGUUGACCUCACUGUAAAAAAAAAUAUAUAAUUUAUCCCCUUUAUCUUUAUUUAUUUAAAGCUUAGUUUUAUUUUCUUAAAUUGAUUUGCCCUACAUGAUGCCGUUAUUUACAUUUCCUAUAAUAUACUUCUGGUGAAACCCUAACCCUUGAUUGAUUUAAAUUUAAUUAAACUUGCAAAUGUAAAGAUGUUGACUGUGAUUAAAAUCAGACCUUGACAAAAAAAAACAACGUAUAAUUUGAAUAAGAGAAAUACUCUUAUUCGUUUUCUUGCAGUGAGUUAUAUCAGAACAUUGAACCCACUCUCAUGUCUCUUAGCUUAGCAUAAAGACUGGAAACAGAGGAAAAGCUUGCCUGGCUCUGUCCAAAGGUAACAAAAUCUGCCUACCAGCACCUCUAAAGCUCUUACAUUAACACAUUUCUGUGAGCUUUAGAUGUACUAGCAGAUUUUGUUAUUAUUGGCUGUUUCCCUAUUUCCAGUCUUUAUGCUAAGCUAAGAUAAGCUGCUGGCUGUAAUUACAUACAAAAAUACCUAAACGCAAGAAAGCAAAUAAGCAUAUUAAAACCCCUUAAAUUUCCACAAAUAGAGGAUAGGUGUGCGUUAGCUGCAGCGCUGACUGAGAGUACAGGAAUUAGUCAUCUUGACUCUUUAAAACCAUUAGAGGCAUCAGAAACUGCCUCAGUGAAGCUUUUAGAUUCAAACCUGAAACCACCAGAUGAGCUGUGAUGCCGGUCGGGUCCCUGCGAUUGAUCACACACUUCUUGAACCAGUCUGGUCAGAUGUAUAGCUCAACACACACAUAUUUAAAAAAUAAUUAAAUGAGAAAAAGUACUGGACCUUUUUUAUUUUUCUAUCAGUGUACAGCUACUGACAGAGUGAAUAAAUGGCUUCCUGAGCUGUGUUGUCUUACUGUUUUUUUUUUUUAAUUUCUGUUCCUUUUCGGUGGUGCUUUAGAUUUUUCUCCUCUCUUUCUGUCUUCACCUGACUUUGUACCGGGCCCUUUGAUUGUCUUGAUUUCCUCCGCCGGGGCUUUGUACCUACAGUAAUACCAAUGUGAAACCUGUAUUCUCCUCAUGAUUUGACUCAGUGGAAGUGUGAUGUUUACAUGUACAGAUUUUUUGCGAUUCUUUCUGGUUUUGUUUUUAUUGUUUUGUUUUCUGUUUCCUCUCAUCUCUCUAUCCUUCUCCCUCCCCCGACUCUCUUUUUCUCCAUCUCAUCCCUGUUGUGAGUUAAUCUGACUCCUUCCUUACACACUGAAGGGAAAUGGGACUGCAUCUAAAUACAAUUAUCACCAUUUUCACACACAAGCCUAUCACAUGAGGGGGCGUGCUGACAAUUUCAGUUUGUCACUUUUCUUCACCACACACCUGCUUAGAUUUAUUUUAUUUUUUUUAGCACUGCAUCCCUUUUAAAAAUGCCUUGUUAGCAUUCAGUUAGCAUUCGCCUUUGAUGUGCAAAGGUGCACGUACGUUGCAUUGAGGAAUGCUAACAGCUAGUUUGUGAUUAUCGGUUCACUGUGGAGAAAACAUUUAUUUUGUGCAUGGUGAAGAAAUGUCACGUGGCUGAAAUUGAAAAGUGAGGCGUCCCCGGACGAAACCGAUUGUUUUGGGGGUGGGUGGGGGGAGGGGUCGAGCUGUGUGUUUGUUUGCCUGUAGUGGGGGCUGACCUUUGACCUCUCGGCUAACUCCACAGCACACAGAAUCACAGUGGGGCCACAAUGACCCCUCCACUGGGGUGACCAGAAUCCGGUGGAGAUGAUUCCUCAGUGAAUGAAAAGCCAUUACAGACCCUGUGUGUCGGGUCUCUUAGUCUAUUAGUAUAUUUAGCAAAACUUUAAACUGCAGAUGACAAAACUCAACCUCAGGAAGAAAAAAAAAAAAGGACAUCACUUUUGUAAAAACACGUCUAACUGAAGGCCCAUUUCCCUCUCUCUUUGAUACCAUAUAAAUUAUAUCAAAAAUUCUUUUAUAUUUAUUGUGUUUAUUAUUAUAUAUAACAGUGGAUACCUUUUUUCCAGUACCUGUGGCUAAAUAUUUUGAUUCUUUAGAAAAGUGUUGAUAAUAUGUGUGAAGCAACGUAAACGAUCGAGGAAAAAAAAAGAAAUCUAGGGUUAUUUUUUUUUGUUUGUUUGUUGACCACGUUGGAGUGGUACGGGCGUGUUUGUUUAGCCUAACAACGAGAACAUAUCACUCUGGUCUAUGACAAAGAAACCAAUGAUCGAAAAACUGAGCUUUCUUUUGUGUGAUGUCACUGCUAAAACUGAAAUGUUUCUGGACUUUAAAAAAAAUUGUGACCAUUUAGUUUUGUUUUUUGUUUUCUCCCAAGAUGUACGUCACGAAGCUAAAUAUACUAAUAAAACUGUGUGCUAUCUAUCA